CAGGACGGUGACCCGGCUGUUGUGUCGGCGGCGUUUACUCACGUUGGGGAUGUAUCGUUAUUUCGUGCUUUUUUGCUGUUCAGUGCAACUCAUAUUUGUGUAAUUUAAAACAUUUUUAAUUAAAAUGUUUAGUUUGUAUUUUGGUAGGAUCGAGUUGCCUUUUAAGCUUUAGCUUAGGAGGUAUAAAGUAACUCUUUAUUAUGUAAGUUAAGUUAACCAAGUGCUACCUAAGGCUAGCUAGUUGGUUUGCUAUUCGAAUUGAUUAUUUUAAAAUUAUUAAGUAUUAAAUAAUUAUUUGUUAUAAUAAAUAAAAGUCUGCAUUUCUGGGUUCAAACUCUAAACGCCUGUAAUUGUUAUUUGGAAGCAGGCUGGUUGUUAUAUGGGUGUAGGUUGUAAUGUAGUUAGCUAGGUUAGUUAGUUUAGCUAGUUUAAAAAGCCCAGCUCAUUAAUAUAACGACACAAAUCGCAUCUAGCUCUCUACUAACUGUAGCUAUAAUGUCUCACGCUUUAAACCAGACGGCGUGUAGAAUCAGCUGUGAGUGAAUUGCAGUGCACACUUUCUGUGGAGUCUCUUAUAUUUGUAUAGACAGUUGGUUAAUGUUUUCUUGUGUAGUGGAGAACUUGGAUCAUGUCUUCUCAACCCAAGCAGCCCUCCCUGCGAUUCGGUCAGGUGGUUAUUGGGCCUCCUGGCUCAGGUAAAACAACCUACUGCCGCGCAAUGCAAGAGUUCCUGAGCCACCUGGGCCGUAAGGUCGUAGUAGUAAACAUGGACCCUGCAAACGAUGGUCUGCCUUAUACAUGUGCAGUGGACAUAUCAGAGCUCGUCACCCUGGAUGAUGUAAUGGACGGUCUGAAACUGGGUCCUAAUGGAGGCCUAAUUUACUGUAUGGAAUACCUGGAGGCUAAUUUGGACUGGUUGGAAGGCAAGUUUAAGGAGCAUCAGGAUUACUACUUCCUUUUCGACUGUCCAGGCCAGGUGGAGCUCUACACCCACCAUAGUUCUGUCAGAAAUAUAUUCGCCCAGUUGUCCAAGUGGAAUUUCAGGUUGUCAGCUGUGCAUCUGGUGGACUCCCAUUACUGUGCUGAACCAGCCAAGUUCAUUUCUGUGCUCUGCACCUCCCUGUCCACCAUGCUCCAGGUGGAACUGCCUCAUGUCAAUGUGCUCUCUAAGAUGGACCUGGUUGAGCAGUAUGGCAAGCUGGCUUUCAACCUUGAUUUCUACACUGAGGUUAUGGACUUGUCAUACCUGGUGGAACAUCUAGCUUCUGACCCGUUCUUUAAGAAAUUUCAUCACCUGAAUGUGAAGUUGGCUGAGGUCAUUCAGGACUAUGGUCUGGUGUCUUUUGUACCUCUGAAUGUGCAAGAUAAGGAGAGCAUGACACAAGUUCUACGUACAGUGGACAAGGCAAAUGGUUACUGUUUUGGUGACAUGGAGGAAAGGAAUCUGCAAGCCAUGAUGUCUGCUGCUGUGGGAGCAGAUUUUCAAUUCACCUCAACUCUCGGAGUACAAGAGAGAUAUGUGGAAUCCAAUAAAAAGACUUUAGAUGAAGAAGUCAUGGAUUUGUAACGGUGCUUUUAGUUAAAUAAGCCUGAUGCAACAACUUGGAAUUUCUAAUCAUUUUCUCAGGUGUUUUAAGAAAAGAUCAGCAGAUGAAGAAAGCCUUAAUCAAAAGAACGUUAAUAGCUUACACUGUUACUGCUUGUUUGUUGACUGAUGUUAUUUUUAAUAAAAUGUGUUUCAUAAAGUGAA